AUGAGCAGAGGCGGCACGAUCAGGGAGGUUGAACGGAAAAUCCUCAGCCACCUCCACGGCCGCCGUAGCCGGAUACAUCUUACCCAAAUCCAUGCUCACAUCCUCCGCCACCACCUCCACCAAUCCAACCACAUCCUCUCUCACUUCAUCUCCGUCUGUGGCUCCCUCCGCAAAAUGGACUACGCCCAUCUCAUCUUUCUCCAAACCCACCACCCCAACAUCCUCCUCUACAAUUCAAUGAUCAAAGGUUACUCACUCUCACCACCCUUCCAAACGUCACUUCACUUAUUCUGCACCAUGAAGAAACACCGAAUUUGGCCUGAUGAGUUCACCUUCGCUCCUAUACUUAAGUCAUGUUCCAAUCUUUCCGACGUUAAAUUCGGGCAAACGGUACAUUCUCAGGUUGUUUCACUUGGAUUUCAUUGUUUCAGUGCUAUUAGAGUCGGAAUAGUUGAAAUGUAUACAAAAUUUGGAUUAUUGGAAGAUGCCAAGAAGGUGUUCGAUGAAAUGCACCAAAGAGAUGUAAUCAUUUGGAAUUUAUUGAUUCAUGGGUAUUGUAAAACAGGAAACGUAGAUAUGGGGUAUAACCUCUUUAAACAAAUGAAAGAGAGAAACAUCGUUUCUUGGAAUACAAUGUUAUCUUCCCUAUCAAAAAGUAAUCGGGAUUUUGAAGCCAUGAAACUUUUCCAUGAAAUGCGCGAUAAAGAAUUCGAACCUGAUGAGGCAACAAUCGUGACAAUGCUUCCAGUUUGUGCACGUUUAGGCGAAGACAACAUCGGGCAAUGGAUCCAUUCAUAUGCAAAAUCAAAUGGAUUCUACCAAAAUCAUGUUUCUGUAUGCAAUUCACUUAUCGAUUUCUACUGCAAACGUGGAAAUCUUGAUUCUGCUUUCAUGGUUUUCAAUGAUAUCCCAUCAAAAACCGUUGUUUCUUGGAACAUCAUCAUCUCUGGUUUGGGUUUCAAUGGGAAUGGCGAAAAGGGGUUAUCUCUUUUUGAUGAAAUGAUCAAGAACGGAUUUAACCCUAACGUAUCCACUUUUAUUGGGGUUUUAUCAUGUUGUGUACAUUCAGGGUUGAUUCAAAGAGGAAGAGACUUGUUUUCUUCAAUGGCGUUGAAUCAUAAGAUUGAGCCAAAGCUUGAGCAUUAUGGGUGCAUGGUUGAUCUUCUUGGGCGUGGUGGGUUUGUGAAAGAAGCUUAUGGAUUGGUGAAAAGUAUGCCAAUGAAACCAAAUGCUGUUUUAUGGGGUGCAUUGUUGAGUUCUUGUUGUAAUUUUGGUGAGAUGGAAGUUGCAGAAGUAGCAAUUAAGGAACUUAUAACUUUGGAGCCAUGGAAUUCUGGGAAUUAUGUAUUGUUGUCGAAUUUGUAUGCAGAAAGAGGGAAAUGGGAUGAAAUUGAGAAGGUUAGAGUGUUGAUGAUGGAUAAUAAGAUUGAGAAAGCACCAGGGCAAAGUAUGGUUAGGUAA